AUCGCCAGUGAGCAGGACCAUCCUGGAAAGGCAUCCUGAGGGCAGGGUGGGAGUCAGCAGGUCUCGGGGAUUGCCCAGCGCUUGCCCACAUGGCCCAGAGCAUGGUUUAUGCUGACCUGAGGUUUGCCAAGGUGAUGGGGGGCCGGAGCAUGGCCAGCCAGGCGCUGGAGGCAGCCCUUGGCAUGGAUGAGGCGGAGAGCCCCUACGAGAACAUGCAGCCGGAGCCGACGGGGCAGGACGGGGACGGGGCCCAGCCCAGCACAGGGCGCUGGUCCUGGCGGUGGUGCAUCCCUGUGGGGCUGAUGGUAACCUGCCUGCUGCUGCUGGUGGCCACUGUGGCCCUGGGGGCUUGUUACUGGCAGGUCACCCGCAGCCUGCAGGACACCUCCCGUGAGUACGAGGCCGAGCGGGGCCGCCUCUCGCAGGAGGUGAGUGCCCGGGAGCAGAGCCUGGAGCAGAUGCGGCUGGAGCUGGAGUGGGCCAGAGCGGAGCUGCAGCGAGCCUGGCGGGAGGGCAACGGCAGCCAGCUGGAGCUGGGGAGCCUGAGCGCCGAGCUGAAGCACCUCACGGGCGUCCUGGGGAAGACGGAGAAGGAGAUGCAGGAGGUGCAGGGGAAGCUUAAUAACAGCGAGAGCACUGUGGCCAUCCUGCGCUCCUGCACGGCUAUAGAUUGCUGCCCUUCAGGCUGGCUGAUGUACAGGGGCAAAUGCCUCUUCAUCUCGUCGGAGAAGAAGACCUGGGAGGACAGCAGAGAUGAGUGCGAGAAGAAAUAUUCUCAGCUCCUGGUCACCAAAUCCUGGAGUCGCUGGACCGUGCCGGCCUUCCUGAAGAAUGCAGACAUCCCAUACUGGAUCGGGCUGCAGAAGAGCAGCUUCCCCUGGUAUGACUAUGGCUGGCUGGAUGAAGGGGACGCAGAAGACGAGGGAGUCUCGGAUGCCUGGUUUUGGGUGGACGGCUCCCUUUAUGAAAGGCCGUGGCAGGCGAAGUCGAAUGGGUCCUGUGCCAUAAUAAGCCGCGGGAACAUCAAAGCUGCCCAGUGCGCUGGUCCCGAAGACCUGCACUUCUGGAUCUGUGAGAAGGCGGUGGGGCCGAGCGCCCCUUUCAUAUGAUGAUGGCCGCUGGCCCCGGCAUGGCUGCGCACCUGCACCCCGCACCGCCUCCACCUCAGCCUUGCUGCACCCCUGCCCGGCAUGUCCUAUCCACGCAAGUGAAACACUUCCCUCUCUCAGACCCCUGCCCUCAGGCUGCCCAGGUCCUUCCCAGCGAUGCUCAGGCAUCGCGCAAACUGCGGGAGGCGGCAGUGGCCGUUUCCCCCCCCAGCUGAUGCGCUUCAGCAGAGCAGUACGGGUCCCACAUCCCAGCCCCACACCUGCACAGGGUCCGCUGGGUCCACCUGGGGAUGCCCGGACCCGGACGCAGAGCAGAGCAAGCCCUUCAGCCAUGCAACAAUCCCCAGCACGGAGCCAACUGCGCUGCUGGGAGGCGAGGACGUGGGAGCUGGGGACGCCACAGCCCCACAGCUGGCCAGGUCCCCUCCCCACCGCAGGGACCUUCUGCCUGGCCCCAUCCCAGGAGCAGCUUGGCCUCGGCUUUCAGGCAACCCAGCAAGAAACUGCCUCGGCGCCCAAGGAGGAAGCUGUGCCUGAACCUGCCAGCACCUGUGCUCGCGGUUGGGUUUUUGUUUUUUUUUGGUGCUAAUUAGAAAGUAGAGCAAUGACCCUUAGGAUUGUAUGAUGCGAUGGCGCCUUUCAAAAGCAAAAGCAACUCUGGCACGUGCAGUGGACUGACGCUUUGCGAGACAAGUCAUCAGGAUUUUAAAUAGUUACCACACACGUGGCGCAUGCAAAGAUUAAGCAAAAUAGCCCUGAUGUAACACUGCAACCAGACAAAGAGCAGAGGAAGUCAUGUUCAACCAGGCAAAGACGCUCUCAGUUUAUUACGAGGUCGUGUGUGCCAUAUAUAGUUGAUUAAUUGCUAUGUGAAUUAGCUUGCUUGAAGAGCUAAAGGGUGUUAAAGGCAGGCUUUUUGGAGGUGGCACAUGUCACUCCUCUCUCCCAUCUGCUGUCUGAACCCACUUUGUAGCAAUAAAGAGACACAACUUGUCUGCUCUUUGCUUCCUUGUGUACCACUGCAAACACAGACCCAAGAGCACGAACCCAAAGAACCUAAAUAAUAAAUGGGAAUUUAACUGAAGCCAUUUCAACUGAGAUGGCCACUUUGGGGGCAUCGAGAUCUUGGCCUGAGCCAGUCUGGCUUGUGGUCCUUGAGGGGCUCCCCAGAAGCCCC